GACCUUCUCCCACACUCCAUCACCAAAGGCAAUCAAGAUGACAUCGCUUUUAUGCUUGACGUGUAGUAAAACGAUCGAAGGAGGUGAUGUUGAAUUGAAAAGAUGUAUAAUUCAUUCAUGUUGUUCAAAACCAGUUUGUUCAACUUGCUUAGCCGAAAGACCUAGAUUGGCAACAUUUUGUGUUCGAUGUGAAGGCGCUCAGCAUGCUUUGAGAAAAGCAGGUCCAAGAGAUGAUGUCACACGGGCUGGACAAGUUGUGUUCGAUUUCGAUAAAAUAUUAAAUCAGGAAGAUGACCAUGUUGUGGAAACCCCACAAAACGGCCAGUCAAGUAUACCGCCUCCGGCCUAUUCUCAGGCUGUGCAAAGUGGGACUUUUGUCCUUGAAGAUGAGGAUAAUAGUGAUGAUAUGACUAUGCUAUCUGAAUCCACAAACACUGCCAUACAAGAUAAACAGCAAAACAACUUUCUUGAUUCAAAAUGGAACAACGGCAAACCAAAUGUGGUACACGGCCAAGUUGACACAAGCAAAGCAGCCAGUGGAAUCAAUACUGUUCAAGCUUCACCCCUGAAAGAGUCUCUUCAAAGUGCAUUGAACAGUAAAGCGGAUAAAGCAUCUUUUCAGAAACCAGACUAUUCAGCUUCAAGAAAGAAUGCAGAGACUGUCACACCACCGAAUAGCGACACCUCUGGACUGACAAGACAGUACUGGUUAAGGCCAAACGAUACGUUGAUGUCGCUCAGUCUACGAUUCCGAGUCAGUGCGGUGGCUCUAUGCAAAUUAAACGAACUACCACCUUCCACCGCAACAUCUACACCGCAUCUGAUACACACUCGAAAAUUCUUGCUGAUACCUGAAGGAGCUAUCAUGAAAGCAUUGGCAAAUGCACCAGAUGAUGCCAAUCUCAAUUCAGCCCUUCAAGGUCCUGCGCCGAUGAAUCGGAAACAAAAAGUGGAAAGAGCACGUAAGGAAGCUCAAUCGAAGUUUCGAUCACUUGUUGCACGAGAUGAUGCUCGAGCACGUUCGAAGGGAGGUUCAGGUGCUGAUGUCACACCAUGCGAUGAAAGAGCAGCAAGGGCAUAUGUAUCUUUGAUGGAAUCGGAACUCCGCUUUGUAGAUUUUGGUGAUGGUAUAGAAAAAGAUGACGUCUCAAAACAAGAUCUCAAGAUUGAUUCUGUUGCAGCCGAUGAUGAAGCUUUGAUCGAUGCUGCAAGACAGAGAAGAUUUGAUGCUAUCGUCAAUCAAGCUUUUGCAAGAUGGUCAAUGGACUCUGAAUGGGAACGAGAGCAAAGAGCGAUGGGAUUGGAACCAUCAUCUGAACCGAUUGCGCCGCGUCCUGCUAAACAGUCAAAGACAAAGAAUAAAGGACCAGCAUCUUGGUUCAAUUGGGUCAGCGGAGAAGGAUCAAGGAGAGAGUCUGCGCGUCCGGUACAUCUCCCUAAAAGCGAGAAAAUGUAUUGAUUUCUUUUGCAAAUGUAUAGUAUUCAUUCAACAGCAAUGUAAUGUAGCAAUUAAAACAUG